AUGGCUGGUCAAUAUAACUUAUCCUCAUCGAUUCUUUCUGGUAAACCUGAUACUGGAUCAUAUAGUUAUCGUUGUGUGCGUAAAUCUGGACAAGAUGUGCAUACAGAUCUUCUCAGAAUUGUUAGUCAGAUGCAUGACUCAACAGAUGCAUUAAACAAUAAUUAUGAAGCCAAGGUUUGUAAAGAAGAGAUGAAAUUUCCUUAUCUUCAAUCUAUUAAUGACGAUGAAACUAAAAAAAUUAUAACGCCUCAAGAACUAUUGACUAUGAAGUUACUUGUCGAAAAAAAUGAAAAUCUCCCGUAUCAAUAUGAACUCGUCAGCACAAAUUCAUUUAAAAGAAUAAUUUCACAUCCGCAAUUGAAGCAAUACUUAUUACUCAAUAAUCCAAAGAAGCAUAUAGCCAACGUUAAUAGAUUUCCGCUAGCUUAUUCAACUUAA